AUGAACCCAGCCGGCGAAAUCCCCUUCUUCUUCAUCGACGGUAUAAAGAUCUACGAGCUCCGUUCCCUCGACGCGUACUCAUUUCAACGCUGGGCCCGCUCCAUCAAAACCCUCCUCCUCAUCAAAGGGCUCCUGCCCAUCCUCCAGCAAGAUGAAAUCUUCAUCAGCCCCACGACGAGUACCGAGUGGGUGAAGAGGGAUAGGGAGGCGUUUGCGUAUUUGAGGAAUGCUGUGGCUUUUGAGGUGGAGAAGGCGCUGAGUAGUGAUACGGUUGAUUAUUCGGAGCCGAGUACGGAGCAUGCGCAUUCGAGGGCGAGGAGGUUUUGGGACUUGAUAAAGGAGGAGGUGUAUAAGAGGAACAGAGCGGGCGGUGUGGGAGGGAGACCGUUUUAUUGA